AUGAUGUUACAUCAACGGCUAGUACUUGUCUUUGGAGUAUCACUAGCUAGUUAUAUAUGUGCAUUCAAAAGCUGUUACUUAGAAGCUCAAGUCUCCCUAUAUUAUUUCUACAGUCUCACAGAAAUUCCACUUGUGACAGAGGAUAUAGUGAAGCUUCUUCUAACUUUCAACUAUAACAGAGUGACUGCAACCUCAUUUCCAUGCCUGGAGCACUUGUUGGUGUUGGAAAUCGGAACACGGUAUGUUUAUCCUGCUACCAUAGGAAAAGGAGCUUUCAGGAACCUGCCAAAUCAUUGUAUCUUGGACUUGGGAUCCAAUAAGAUUCUUCAAUGGGAUGUUGAUGCCUUUCUAGGCUUGCCAAAACUGACUGUACUCCAUCUGUUUCAGAACUACCUUGGAGACUCCAUCCUGGAGCAACGGUACUUUCAAGGUUUGAGCUCGUUAGAAGAAUUGGAUCUUUCGGGGAACCAAAUCACAAGACUUCAGCCUCAUCCUUUAUUUUAUAAUUUAACAGUCUUGAAAACUGUGAAUCUGAAAUUCAACAAGAUAUCCAACUUGUGUUAAAGCAAUCUUACCAGCUUCCGAGGAAAGCACUUUUUACUUUUUAGCCUCAGUUCUAAUGCUUUGUACAAGAUAGAUGGAACAGCCUGGGCCAAAUGCCCAAAUCUUUUCAGAAAUAUUACGUUUAACUGGCUAGACCUUAGUGAAAAUGGCUGGAGCACAGAGAAAGUCCAUUAUUUCUGUAGAGCCAUUAGAGGGACUCCAAUCAGUUCCUUAAUAUUUAGCUCACAUACAAUGGGAUCAGGAUUUGGUUUUAAUAACUUUAAAAAUCCAUAUAAGGAAACAUUUUCAGGACUAGCAAGAAGCGAUCUUCAUUCACUUGAUAUUUCAAAAGGUUACAUUUUCUCUUUAAUCUUUCAAAGCCUUCGAAAUCUGGAAUCACUGAAUGUUUUCAAAAAUAGGAUAAAUCAAAUCUAAAGUCAAGCAUUUCUUGGCUUGAGAAAUCUAAAAGCUCUCAAUCUCUCACGUAAUCUUUUAGGUGAGUUGUAUGAUUAUACUUUUGAGGGACUGUAUAGUGUAACAUGUAUUGAUUUACAGCAAAAUCACAUUGCGAUGAUUGGUGAAAAAUCAUUCAGUAAGUUAGUAAAUCUGAAAGUAAUUGAUCUCUGAGACAAUGCCAUUAAAACAUUCCCUUUCUUUCCACAUUUGACCUCUGCCUUUUUAGGUGACAAUAAGUUAAUGUCUUUAGCUGGCACAGCAAUAGCAGCAACACACCUUGAAUUAGAAAGAAAUUGGUUGGCAAACCUCGGUGACCUGUAUAUUCUUUUCCAAGUUCCAGAUGUGCAGUAUAUCUUCUUAAAACAGAACCACUUCUCUUACUGUUUGAAAAGUGAUAGUGUUAUAGAAAACAAUCAGUUAAUCUAUAUAGAUCUAGGUGAAAAUAUGUUACAGCUCAUGUAGGAGAGAGAUUUAUGUUUGGAUGUGUUCACGGCACUGCCCAAACUUCAGGUUCUACAUUUGAAUAACAACUACCUUAGUACUCUUCCACAGGAGAUUUUUAGACGUCUAACAUCUCUAAAAAGACUUAAUCUACUUUUGAACUUAUUGUCUCAUCUUUCUGCUGGGCUUUUUCCACAAAGCCUAGCAAACCUAAACUUAUCUGGAAACCAGCUUUUUUCCCUUGAGCCUGAAGUCUUUAUGACUUUGAGUAUCCUGGAUAUAACACAUAAUAAAUAUGUCUGUGAUUGAACUUUAAAGAAUCUACUAGUAUGGCUAAAUUAAACCAAUGUAACGCUAGUUGGCUCACAGUCUGAUAGGUACUGUGUAAACCCACCUGAAUUUGCAGGGAUACCACUGUCAUCUCUGACAUACGAUGGUUGCAAUGAAGAUGAACUCCAGCAGGCACUCAGGUUCUCACUAUUUGUCUUCACAUCUGUCACUCUUCUAAUGUUUCUGAUGGCAGCCAUCAUUUUUACUCACUGUCGGGGGAUUUGUUUUGUCUGGUAUAAAACUAUCAUCAAAAAAAUGAUAGACAGCCGUCCACAAGCAGCAGAUAAAAGUGAAUACAAAUAUGAUGUGUAUUUGUGCUACAGCAAAAAUGACUUUGGAUGGAUCCAGAAUUCUUUGCUAAAGCACCUGGAUUCACAGUAUUUUGAUAAAAACAGAUUUACCUUGUGCUUUGAGGAAAGAGAUUUCUUGCCUAGGGAAGAACACAUCAACAAUAUCCGUGAUGCCAUCUGGAGCAGGAAAACAAUUUGCAUUGUGACCAGGUAAUUUCUCAAAGACAGGUGGUGCGUGGAAGCCUUUAAUUUUGCCCAGAGCAGAUACUUCUGUGAUCUGAAAGAUGUCCUCAUUAUGGUAGUAGUUGGGUCACUUUUUCAUUAUCAACUGAUGAAACACAAAACAAUUCAAAACUUUUUACAAAGGAAUCAAUAUUUGUGGUGGCCUGAAGAUUAUCAAGAUGUAGCCUGUUUUUUAAAUAACCUUUCUUGUUAAAUUAUGAAGGAAAAAAAAGUGCGAAGGAAAGCCAGUGGUAUAGAGCUGCAGACUGUAGCAACAAUUUCAAAUUGA